GGGGCGGGGGAGGCGGAUGAGGAGGAUGAGAUCAUAGUUUCAGGAUCCUCAGGAAACCCUGGUACUGGCAGCAGCCAGCCUCUGCUGUGCCCACAUGACCCACAACUCUGGCAGCGGACCCGGCACUUCCAACAUUAUUAAAUAAUAAGAAAGCGGUUCCUACUCCAUGCCCGAGCCUCCCUACAGACCAAUGGACACCUUCUAAGAGUUUGGUGACAGGCGCCCGUCCUUUCCAAGAUAUAUAGGAUUUACCAGACCCUGGGUGAAGUACUUAGGAAGUGUUUAAAUGACAUAAUCAACUACCAUUUCAAAGAAAAGAACAUAGAUGGUUUUGGGAAGUUCAUGCUGUUUCUUCACUCAAUUUUAGAAUGAUUGAAGAUAGCGGUAAAAGAGGAAAUACCAUGGCAGAAAGAAGACAGCUGUUUGCAGAGAUGAGGGCUCAAGAUCUGGAUCGCAUUCGACUCUCCACCUACAGAACAGCAUGCAAGCUGAGAUUUGUUCAGAAGAAGUGCAACUUGCACCUGGUGGACAUUUGGAACGUCAUAGAAGCACUGCGAGAAAAUGCUUUGAACAACUUGGACCCAAACAUAGAGCUUAACGUGGCCCGCUUAGAGGCCGUGCUCUCCACCAUUUUUUACCAGCUCAAUAAACGGAUGCCAACCACUCACCAAAUCCACGUGGAACAGUCCAUCAGCCUCCUGCUUAACUUUCUGCUUGCAGCCUUUGAUCCGGAAGGCCAUGGUAAAAUUUCAGUAUUUGCUGUCAAAAUGGCUUUAGCCACGUUGUGUGGAGGGAAGAUCAUGGACAAACUGAGAUAUAUUUUCUCAAUGAUUUCUGACUCCAGCGGAGUGAUGGUUUAUGGACGUUAUGACCAAUUCCUUCGGGAAGUUCUCAAACUACCCACAGCAGUUUUUGAAGGUCCUUCAUUUGGUUACACAGAACAAUCGGCUAGAUCCUGUUUCUCCCAACAGAAAAAAGUCACGUUGAAUGGCUUCCUGGACACCCUCAUGUCUGACCCGCCCCCACAGUGUCUGGUCUGGCUGCCUCUCCUGCAUCGACUGGCAAAUGUGGAAAAUGUCUUCCACCCGGUGGAGUGUUCGUACUGCCACAGCGAGAGUAUGAUGGGAUUUCGCUACCGAUGCCAGCAGUGUCACAAUUACCAGCUCUGUCAGGACUGCUUCUGGAGGGGCCAUGCUGGUGGCUCCCAUAGCAACCAGCACCAAAUGAAAGAGUACACAUCAUGGAAAUCCCCUGCUAAGAAGCUAACCAAUGCUUUAAGCAAGUCUCUGAGCUGUGCAUCCAGCAGGGAACCUUUGCACCCCAUGUUCCCCGAUCAGCCAGAGAAGCCACUCAACUUGGCCCACAUCGUUGAUACCUGGCCUCCCAGACCUGUAACCAGCAUGAAUGAUACCCUGUUCUCCCACUCUGUUCCCUCCUCAGGAAGUCCCUUCAUUACCAGGAGCUCUCCUCCCAAGGACAGUGAAGUAGAACAGAACAAAAUGCUGGCUAGGGCUGCUCCAGCUUUUCUGAAGGGCAAAGGGAUACAGUACAGCCUAAAUGUUGCAGACAGGCUAGCUGAUGAACAUGUGCUCAUCGGGUUGUAUGUCAACAUGCUCCGGAACACCCCAUCAUGUAUGCUUGAGAGUUCCAGCCGGCUUGAUGAAGAACACAGGCUGAUCGCCAGGUAUGCAGCAAGACUGGCAGCAGAGUCCUCCUCGUCUCAGCCAACUCAACAGAGAAGUGCUCCUGACAUCUCUUUCACCAUUGAUGCAAAUAAACAACAAAGGCAGCUGAUUGCAGAACUAGAAAACAAGAACAGAGAAAUCUUACAGGAGAUCCAGAGGCUGCGGCUUGAACAUGAGCAAGCUUCUCAGCCCACACCAGAAAAGGCACAGCAGAACCCAACACUGCUGGCAGAGCUCCGGCUCCUCAGACAGCGCAAGGAUGAGCUGGAACAGAGAAUGUCUGCUCUCCAGGAGAGCCGGAGAGAGCUCAUGGUCCAGUUAGAAGGUCUCAUGAAGCUCCUAAAGACCCAGGGGGCAGGCUCCCCUCGCUCCUCCCCCAGCCACACCAUCAGCAGGCCCAUCCCCAUGCCCAUCCGCUCAGCGUCUGCCUGCUCCACCCCGACGCGCACGCCUCAGGACUCUCUCACAGGGGUAGGGGGAGAUGUCCAAGAGGCGUUUGCACAAAGCUCAAGAAGAAAUCUAAGGAAUGACUUGCUAGUGGCAGCGGAUUCCAUCACGAACACCAUGUCCUCUCUGGUGAAAGAGCUGAAUUCGGAAGUGGGGAGUGAAGCAGAGAGUAAUGUGGAUUCUGAAUUUGCACGGACUCAGUUUGAGGAUCUUGUUCCAUCGCCCACCUCUGAAAAGGCUUUUCUAGCGCAAAUCCAUGCUCGAAAACCUGGGUACAUUCAUGGGGGAGCUACCACAAGCAGUGACAUAGCUGCUGAAGAUGGAGACCCCUAUGUCCAGCCAGAAGAAGAAAACUAUGAGAAUGACUCAGUCCAGCAGCUGGAGAAUGAGCUGAAGAUGGAGGAAUACCUGAAACAGAAGCUGCAAGAUGAAGCCUACCAGGUCAGCUUGCAAGGUUGAAUGCAAUAUCCUUUUAUCACUCUCCUCUCAA